GGGCCGCCUUCCUGGGCGCGAUCCCCGAGCGCAGCACCCGGCGCCACCGAGCCAGCUCCCCUGCCGCCCGCCAGCAAGUUUGGUGCCUCCGAGCCCGACACGCCUCUGGAUCCAGGCGCAUUUGUUUCCUCCUGGCUUCCACGCGCCUCGUUUGGCGGGGACCCUCGGGAGCGAUGCCAAUGGAUGUGAUUUUAGUUGUAUGGUUCUGUGUGUGCACCGCCAGGACAGUGCUGGGCUCUGGGAUGGACCCUGACCUUCAAAUGGAUAUUAUCACCGAGCUUGACCUCGUGAAUACUACCCUUGGCGUCACGCAGGUGUCUGGACUGCACAAUGCCAGCAAAGCAUUUUUAUUUCGAGAUACAGAGAGAGAGAUCCAUGCGGCCCCUCAUGUGAGUGAGAAAUUAAUUCAGCUGUUCCGGAAUAAGAGCGAAUUCACCUUUUUGGCUACUGUACAGCAAAAGCCAUCGACUUCAGGGGUGAUACUGUCCAUUCGAGAACUGGAACACAGCUAUUUUGAAAUGGAGAGCAGCGGUCUGAGGGACGAGAUUCGGUAUCAUUACAUACACAAUGGGAAGCCCAGGACAGAGGCCCUUCCGUAUCGGAUGGCAGAUGGGCAGUGGCACAAGGUCGCAUUGUCAGUUAGCGCUUCUCAUCUCCUCCUCCACGUUGACUGCAACAGGAUUUAUGAACGUGUGAUAGACCCUCCUGAAACAAACCUUCCCCCAGGAAGCAAUUUAUGGCUUGGUCAGCGCAACCAAAAGCAUGGCUUAUUCAAAGGGAUCAUCCAAGAUGGGAAAAUCAUCUUUAUGCCGAACGGAUACAUAACGCAAUGUCCGAACUUGAAUCGCACUUGCCCAACUUGUAGUGAUUUCUUAAGCCUGGUGCAAGGAAUAAUGGAUUUACAAGAGCUUUUGGCCAAGAUGACUGCAAAACUAAAUUAUGCAGAGACAAGACUUAGUCAAUUGGAAAACUGUCAUUGCGAGAAGACCUGUCAAGUGAGUGGACUGCUCUAUAGAGACCAAGACUCCUGGGUGGAUGGUGAUCACUGCAGGAACUGCACAUGUAAGAGUUUGCGAAGAUGUCGUCCCCCUCUCAAUUGCUCCCCAGACUCCCUCCCUGUGCACAUUGCUGGCCAGUGCUGUAAGGUUUGCCGACCAAAAUGUAUCUAUGGAGGAAAAGUCCUUGCAGAAGGCCAGCGUAUUUUAACCAAGAGCUGCUGGGAGGGAAAAGGUGGAGUUUUAGUAAAAAUUACAGAAGCGUGCCCUACUUUGAACUGCUCAGAAAAGGACCACAUUCUCCCAGAAAAUCAGUGCUGUCGUGUCUGUCGAGGUCAUAACUUUUGUGCAGAAGGACCUAAAUGUGGUGAAAACUCAGAGUGUAAAAACUGGAAUACAAAAGCUACUUGUGAGUGCAAGAAUGGUUACAUCUCUGUCCAGGGAGACUCUGCCUACUGUGAAGAUAUUGAUGAGUGUGCAGCUAAGAUGCAUUACUGUCAUGCCAAUACUGUGUGUGUCAACCUGCCUGGGUUAUAUCGCUGUGACUGUGUUCCGGGAUAUAUCCGCGUGGAUGACUUCUCUUGUACAGAGCAUGAUGAAUGUGGCAAUGGGCAGCACAACUGUGAUAAGAAUGCCAUCUGCACCAACACUGUCCAGGGACACAGCUGUACCUGCAAACCUGGCUACGUGGGGAAUGGGACCAUCUGCAAAGCAUUCUGCGAAGAGGGCUGCAGAUAUGGUGGAACAUGUGUGGCACCUAACAAAUGCGUCUGCCCUUCUGGAUUCACAGGAAGCCACUGCGAGAAAGACAUUGACGAAUGUGCCUUAAGAACACAUACCUGUUGGAAUGAUUCUGCCUGUAUCAACUUAGCAGGGGGCUUCGACUGCCUCUGUCCCUCUGGGCCCUCCUGCUCUGGUGACUGCCCCCAUGAAGGAGGACUGAAGCGCAAUGGGCAGGUGUGGACCCUGAAAGAAGAUAGGUGUUCUGUCUGUUCCUGCAAGGAUGGGAAGAUAUUCUGCCGACGGACAGCUUGUGAUUGCCAGAAUCCAAGCGUUGACCUUUUCUGUUGCCCAGAGUGUGACACCCGGGUCACAAGUCAAUGUUUAGAUCAAAAUGGACACAAGCUGUAUCGAAGUGGAGACAACUGGACCCACAGCUGCCAGCAGUGCCGAUGUCUGGAAGGAGAGGUAGAUUGCUGGCCACUCAGUUGCCCCAAUUUGAACUGUGAGUACUCAGCCAUCUUGGAAGGAGAGUGUUGUCCCCGCUGUGUCAGUGACCCCUGCCUGGCUGAUAACAUCGCCUAUGACAUCAGGAGAACUUGCCUGGACAGCUAUGGCAUUUCAAGGCUUAGUGGCUCAGUGUGGACAAUGGCUGGAUCUCCCUGCACAACCUGCAAAUGCAAGAAUGGAAGUGUCUGCUGUUCUGUGGAUUUGGAGUGUCUUCAUAAUAAUUGAAGUAUUUAAAAUGGACUCAUCAUCGCAGGAGAAAAAUGGACAAAAUGACCAUCCAACAUGAUGAAGAACAGUAGUUUUUGUUUUUGUUUUUCUUUUUUACCACAGACAGUUACCAAAGUCUCCAUCUGAGGAAGGUGUUUGCCUUUUGGACCUACCACUUUGCUCAUUCUUGCUAACUAGUCUAGGUGACCCACAGUGCAGUGCAUUUAAGUCUAUGGUUGUUAAGAGAAGUUUCCCGUGUUGUAAAUCACGUUUCCCUAAUGAGAUCAUUUGCAAAUACAUUUAAAUGAUCCCAUAGUAAAUAUUGAUGUAUUUUUUUUUGGUUUAUUUUGUGUACUAACAUAAGAGAUUCAGUUCCAUUUAUUUAUAUUUUCUUAAUUUUUGGAUCAAAUUCUACAAAUAAAGUUGCCUGUUGUGAUUUUGUCCCA